GAAAAACAACAACACAUGGUAGAAGAAGAGCGUCGCCUGGAUACUGCAUGAAGCUUGAGAGGAUGCUCACCGGAUUAGAAGAUGCUCGAGGAGUGUGUGUGUGUGCUCGCAGCGCUGGAGUGUGUCGUGCGUCGCUGUCUCGGUCCUGGCGGCGGGAGUGUGUUGUUCACUCGAGACACAGGAGAAACACUCGUUAGUAGACACGGACAGCGCCUUCUCUGCGCACUACACCUGGAGCACCCGAUGGCCAGGAUGGUGUUGGACUGCAUGUGUGCACAUGCUAAAGCUACUGGAGACGGCACAAAGUCAUUCAUUCUCCUGCUGGCCGCACUUUUACGAGGAAUUCAGAACUCUGCUCACAUGCACCGUAAAAGAUUAUGGACUGGCCCUGGCCUUCGAAAUCUUGCUAAUCGCCUUCUCGCUGUCAGCCGGAAGGAGUUGGAUGAAGCCAUAAUACACAAAAUUACCCCAUAUGCCUCAUUGUGCUGUAGUCGCCAUAGUUACAAACAGGAGGGCAGCAUCCUUGAAUUGUUGAUUGGUGGGUAUAUUUCUGGAAGAGUGGCGAUUGGUCAGGCUGAAAUACUGAAACGAGUCCUGUGUGAGUUCUACCACAAAGUCAGUCAAGAUCAAGACGCAGUAGAAACAAUCUCAUUCAUACAUUCGCACUUCUCUUUACUGCAUACGUCAGUGACAGGACUUCCUAUCGGCUCCUCAGAGGUGAUUGAAGGCCUGGUUGUGACACGUGAUUGGUCGGUGUGGACUGAACUACAAGGACCAGUAAAAGCACUCAUUUUAUAUGAGAGUUUUGGGCCUACUAUUGUUACCGCAGGUGACAACAUAUCCAUAUGUGUUCAAGAAGACUGGCUGCACCGUACAGAGAACAUCAUGAAGCAAAAGUUAUUGAGUUUAUUAGACUUACAGGUGCAUGUGCUGCUCUCAUCCGUGAAGCAGCCGGAAAGUGUGGUGCAAUGGGCUCGACUGAACCACAUCGCUCUACUUGAGUUUGUCGACUCGGCCCAGCUGGACUUGCUUUCCAACAUCAGUGCUGCUGAAACACUCUCUCAUCCACCUCUUCAACACCUCGUGACGCUAAAGUACUGUAGACGUGUGCAACUUGGUGGGCAUCGCUAUGCCUGUCUGGGAACGGUUUCGCACACACACACACUUGUUCUUUGUGCACCAGCACCAGGAUUGCUUGACCAGAUUGUGUGUGUGAGCCAAGGUGUGUUUGCGAUGUUGCAGCAUCUGUCUCGGACGCAUGACAGCUUUAAAAAACUGUUUCAAAGCUCCAUUCCUGCUGCCGACCAAUCACAAAGGACGCUUUCAACUCAAGACCUGUGGGGUGGAAUUAUGUGUGGAGGUGGAGUGCUUCCCGUUGGUGGCAUGUUUGAGUUCUUGCUACAUCAUUUCCUGCUGAACGAACGUAACUGUGGUGACCCAGAGUGCUGUAGGCUGCUGGCAGAGGCUUUGUUGUGUGUGCCUAGAACUUUAUACUCUCUCAAUCAAAGAAGCUUCUUGAAUAUCCAGACAUGUGUCUUAAGUGAUCUUAAGCAAUUGGAACGGGCCAAAUUGCAAGGGUCGGAAUUGCCAGACCUAAAGUUUGGGCUCGGGUUUAGUGAGAGUUCUGAAUUGGCACCGUGUCUGGAGUCGGUCAGUGGUAAACAGGAGCUGGUUGUUUCUGUGUUGCAGUGUUUGCACAGACUCUUAUGUGUAGGGGCUAUUUUACACACCCGCUCUCCACUACGCACCGGCCCACAAACACACUCUGAGGAGGAUGAGGAAGAGGAGGAAGGAAUGAAAGAGCACUCAAACUCCACUCAAAGAACAGAUGCAUAAGCCGCACUGAAUAUCCAAGCCUAUAAUGUUGUGUGUAAAUUCUAUUCACUGUGCCACUUACAGGUGCAUGUGCUGCUCUCAUCCGUGAAGCAGCCGGAAAGUGUGGUGCAAUGGGCUCCACUGAACCACAUCGCUCUACUUGAGUUUGUCGACUCGGCCCAGCUGGACUUGCUUUUCAACAUCAGUGCUGCAGAAACACUCUCUCAUCCACCUCUUCAACACCUCGUGACGCUAAAGUACUGUAGACGUGUGCAACUUGGUGGGCAUCGCUAUGCCUGUCUUGGAACGGUUUCGCACACACACACACAGUUGUUCUUUGUGCACCAGCACCAGGAUUGCUUGACCAGACUGUGUGUGUGAGCCAAGGUGUUUUUGCGAUGUUGCAGCAUCUGUCUCGGACGCAUG